AUGUCUCUCUACUACGAUGCUGCGACGAUCCUCUCGUCCUCAACCGCAGACCAAGGCGGCUCCUUCAAAUCGCGCAUUUACAACUCCAAAUCCCUCAAAGCGUCGCCCGCCCAGAUCUACGCGCUUGUCACGGAGGCGUCCAAGUGGGAUAUUCUGCUGAAAGAGGUUAUUGAAAAGGCCGGUAUUCUUUCGCUGGAACACAAGUUGACUCCGUUGCUCUGCUUGCUACUAGUUCACGACCACUUGCUGAGCAAAAAUGGCAUUGCUGCGCCAGCUUCACAUCCAAUUCGUCAAGCAGUCGAAAGACACAAAGCACGCCUAAAAGCCGAGCUCACAAGGGCACGUGUGCGGCGCGGGUGCGCGUCACUUCAGGAUCUUCAGUCGGUUAUUCUCGACGAAAAGAAAGCGUUGCUUGGCCCCGAUGCGCUUACUGAGAAUAUGUACCCGCGCUGGGUGCGGAUUAACAAUGUUAGAAGCACACUAAAAGCACAGCUUGACGGCACGUUUAGUGGGUACCGGAACGUUGAGAGUUUGAAGGAGUUGCGAACAACGGACCAGAUAUACAUCGAUCCGCAUAUUCCUGAUCUGGUUGCGCUGGCACCCGGUGCUGUUGAUUUUUCGACGACGAAAGCGUAUAAAGAUGGAGAGAUUAUACUUCAAGACAAGGCCUCUUGUUUCCCUGCAUACCUCCUUUUGGGAGAUCCAGAUGGAUCGUGGAGCGAAGGAGAUUUGGUCGAUGGAUGUGCUGCCCCCGGAAACAAAACUACCCAUCUCGCAUCGCUACUUGCUGCUCGACGUGGUUUCAAGAAAAACCAAAAAAAUUCCAACAAGAUAAUCUCCAUGGACUCAUCGGCUCCGCGCUCAAAGACGCUGCAGAAAAUGGUCUCGGUGGCGGGCGCCGACAAGAUUGUGACUGUUCUUGCGGGCCAGGAUUUCCUAGCUUUGGACCCGGCAGAUGAACGGUUUGAGUCUGUGUCGGGUCUUCUCCUCGACCCUAGCUGUUCUGGCAGUGGCAUUAUCGGGCGUGACGAUGUUCCGCAGUUGGUUUUACCAGAAAGCAACAGACCUUCUAGCACGUCAAACCGGGGAAAGAAACGCAAGAGAGACAGCAAAAAAGAAAACGAAGAAGAAGACGAAGAAGAAGCCAAACAGAGUCCACCGGAGAGAAUGAGCACCGAGCGACUAACUAAACUCUCCAAUCUCCAAACGCACAUUGUGGAACACGCGCUUCGUUUCCCCGCUGCUUCACGGGUGACGUAUAGUACAUGCUCUACACACGUUUUGGAAAACGAGUCUGUUGUGUCCCGGAUCCUCGCGUCAGACGUUGCAAAGCAAAGAGGGUGGAGGGUUAUGCGGCGAGAUGAGCAGCCUGCCGGGUUACAGAAAUGGAAGCACAGAGGGAUCAAAUCGAUUUCGAAUAGUACCGACGAAAAGAGUCACGUGGAAAUAAAUCUCUCAGAGGAGCAGCUGGAUGCUUGUUUACGAUGCUGGCCUGGCGAUGAUGAGUGUACCGGUGGCUUUUUUGUGGUGGGAUUUGUCCGCGACGAAGAACUAGCAGAUACUGAGGCGACCGGAGAAGAUAGUGGCGAUGAAUCUGAAUUUGGAGGGUUUUCAGACUAG